AUGAAAAUCGUAACCAUUCACAAGAGUGAAAUUGCACCGGUUAGUAACACCAAUGGGGACGCCACCAGAGUUUUCCACGAAAGGCCCCCACAGGGUUACAAUACGGAAGAUAUUCAUGAGAUUAUGAACGGGUGUGAAAAACCUGAGGCGCUUUGUUCCCCAUUGGAGAAGAAGUUCCUCCAUGCCCGUGGUGCAAAUCUUCUACACAGUAAUGAAUCCCACAAGGGGAAAGACAAUUCGUGUGUCUUCAAUAACACCGGAGAAGGUACCCCCGUGGGUGGUCAUGAAUAUGUCAAUCGCCCACUGCACAGCACUGGAGGGACGCUCAUUGGUGAGGGCCACGCCGAAAAGGAGACAAGUUCAACACGAGGGAACAAUCAUCCCUCUUGGGGAAAAGGAACAAACGGGACACCUUCAACAGAGUACCAACGCAGUGAAGAAGCAGAAAACGACGAAUCACUACCCGAUUGUCAUUCUAACUCAUCAACGAACAAAAAUUUUAUCCCUAAUGGUGGUCACUCCCGAUUGGUGAAACCCCCACAUGAAGAUUUUCCCAACAGUGGUGAUAAGUAUAUGUCUGAUGGAGAGGGUGGGGAGGAUCGAAACAUUUAUCGUCCCCCUUCCGUGGAUGAGUGGGAGAACCUGUUAGAGGGGAAUCCUGAGGGGCAUCCCAUCGAGUGCGAUGAAAUAACCGCAUCAAGUGCGCCACAUGGUAGUGGUAAAAAUAACUUGAAAAGGGAACGCAUCACCGCAAAUGGAGAAAAGGUUGCAGUGGUGAUGAGAUCAGAUAGGUGCCAACAGGGAGAAGGACUUCUAUAUAACGAGAGUGAAGAGGUGGACACACACACAGGAGACAAAAACGAAGAAGAAACAUCCCCAGUGAGAAGCCUACUAGUGUUUGACGAAAUCACCAACACAUGGAACAUACUCUGGAAGUUCGGAAACAUAUCAAUUAUAAAAAGCUACGACAUAAAUAUGAACGGUGCUGAAUCUAGGCAUGUAGCUCUGGACGAUCUGCAAAGCAUUAACAACUUGUAUGGCCAGGUGACCACUGAUGUGGAUUACGUCACUCCUGAGGAGAAAUGGGAUUUCAUGAAACGAAAAAUUUACAACACAUUUGGAGAAAAAUACUUUUUUAUAAGAAAAGACGGUGAUGGGGUGAAUGGCCAAAUGAGUGACAGAGAAACGGAAGAGUGGCAAAGCGAUAAAGCGGGCGUCGGCGUUGAGUCCAUUGGGGAAGCUGUAUCGACAAUGGGACAGAGGCUAAGGGAGGCACACAAUGAUGGGAGACCGGUUAAGUGCGAACAGAUUUGCAGCGUGCCUUAUCACACAAAGGGUAGAAAUGGGAACAGAUUUGACGUCCGACGGGGGAGUGUUAUUUCAUUUGAUGAAGCAGGUGAGGGUCCAUCUGUCAAGUGUGAAGAGGAGACAACAUUUAGUAACGGUGAAUGGAGUGGGAAGAGGGCUCGAAGCAAUGGAGGAGGUUCCUUAGAGACAGGCGACACGGAAGACAUCCCAACGGAGAAGUUGAAGGCGAAAGAAGGAAUGACCUUGAACAGCCCCCCAGUGGAAGUGCCAACGCCAAAUGUCGAGGGAAGGAGAGAACUGCUCCGAAAAACACAUGAAAAUAAAUUGAAGGAACAGCUGGAAAGGAAGGAAAGGAAACUACGCAGAGAGAAAGAAAAGGAAAAAAAAAUGCAAAUGAGACAAGAGAAAAAAAAAAUGCGAGAAGAAAAAAAAAAAAUAAAAGAACAGGAAAGGUUAAAAAGGAAGGAAGAAAAUGUUAUCUUAAGAAAAAUGAAAAAGUUGGAAAAGUGGGAAAAUGUGCAAAGGCUCCGGAGAUGGAAAAAAAUGCAAAAGUUGGAGAAGAUGGAAAGGCUCGGGAUGUUGGGAAGGCGGGAGAAGCUCGACAGGCAGGAAAAACUCUACAGGCAGGAGAAGCUGCACAGACAUGAAAUGCUACACAGGCAGGAGAACCUGCACAAAGCGGAAGGACUGGCCCCCAUGGACAGGUUAGCCAAGCUUCGUCGCAUUGAUGUGAUAGAAAAUGCAGAGAAGCUACACAGCGUAAAGCCUCUAAUUGGCGAGGGGAAAACGACAAAAGGGAAUGCCUGUCCAAGCAAGCUCAAUUCCACCCCUGGAAAAGACGAAGACAGUGGCCCGAACCGUUCCAGCCAACUAGAGGAGACCAAUUGCACCCUCGACUCCAUCUCGAGUAUCGUUAAAAUGUCACCAGAGGACGAGGAAAAGAAAAGACUGUUUAUGGAGAAGAAGCAAAAAGUGUUCAAGGUAAUACGGAAGAAUGCCCACCUUCAAGGACGAGUGUUCCUGGACGUGGGUUACACUCAUGAGGAAUGUAGACAUGUGCACAGCCAAUGGGGAGACGGUGGAGGGGAGGAAGAACAAGGGGGUGAUAAUAAAUACCUGCAAAUUGCGAAUAGCACGUUUGAGAGGAAUGCAGGCAGCUGGGUAGUCUCGUGGGUACUCUACGGAAGAACGCGCAGGAAAAAAUUCCCAAUAAGAGAUUACGGUUUUGAAAAAGCAAGGCAAAUGGCAGAGGAGUACAAAAAGGAGAGAAUUAAUUUUAUCUUGAAUAACAUCUCUGAAUAUGACACCUAUGUUAGGGAUGUUUUGAGCAGUGAUCUGGAGGAAGGCACCACGCAAGAUGCAUGCACAGUGAUGGAAAAUGAAGAAGAAGUACACCACAAACAGCUGAUUCAGUUUUGUAGCGAUCUUUUAAAAAAACCCAUCAGCGAAGAGCAUUGGAAAAAUAAAGUAAAGUGGGUCCAAAAUAAAAAAAGCUGGAUCAUUGAAAUUAUAAAAAAAGAACAAAAUAAAUUCAUAAGAGAAAAAAUUUAUUAUUCAGAAGAAAAGUAUGGUUAUAUAAUUGGAAAGUGUAUAGCUGUGUAUGAUUACCUGAACGCAGAACACGACCUCCUCAAAAAUUACUUCGACGUUAAUGUUGCUAAUUUGCAAUACGAUAGUAAAAGACACGCUUGGAAAAUUUCCAGAUACGUUCCUCAUCAGCUGAAUAAAAAAAAUUAUUACUUUGAUGUACGUGUGUAUGGUUGGAUGUACUCCAGGAAGCUGGGGCUCCUAUUGGCAAUUUAUUUGAAUGCGAAAAGACCUCAGGGGGUAGGUUUUGAGAACAUUCUAAAUAGCAGUUCCCCCUUGGUCAGGCAUCUUCAGGAAAAUUUUAUCCACAGGGAGGAAUACCUUUUUAGGGGGAAUUGUUCAGGGGAAGUUCACUCUGAAAAGGUGACAGCCAACUUUUGUGAUGAUGCGAUGGAAGGGCUAGACUUACCCGCAUCCAGUGGGCACCUUGACCCGUGCAAAGAGAAGCGCGUAAAAUAUUCUCAUGCGAAUGGGAUUGCGGAGCAUACAUCGAAGCAAUGCAUGCGGGGUUAUGAAGUAGGCGCCUCGUAUGAUGCUACAUGCAAGGGCGGGUCACCAACUAGCAGCAUGGCUAGCAAGCCCAGGGAGGAAGAAAAAAGAGAUUACUCCAACGCGCCGUGUGGAUUGAUUGAUCGGGGGGAUAGGGUACAGGACAAUCGCGAUAGGCCAGAUGAACAGGUUCAGCGAGGGCGAAAGAGAAGGAAGAAGAUGAAGGGCCAAGAGGAGAGAUCCCCAUAUAACGCAACCGAUGAUGAAGAAACCCCAAACGGCAGGAGACAUUCCCAAAAUGAUGAAAAAGAAAUAAAAAAUAAAACAACCACGGAAAAUGAACCCGACUUAAAAAAGUUCUACGAGACUGUUCACAACAAAAAGUAUUGCCAGCUGAAGGAAAUGCACACAUGUAGUGACAAGGAGUUAUUAAGUUUUCUCUCGAAUGAAAAAGACAGAGCCCUGUUCUUGAAGGAAGACAUACACAUCCAAGGAGAAGACGAAGAAUAUUUGAUCAACAUUUUGGAAAAUUAUUACUACUACAAUUUGUGCCGCAAAAUGCUGAAAGUGAGGAAGAAACUUUCCAUGUAA